GAUAAAUAAUGAAGCAUGCGGUUGUCUGGCCUCAGACUCGCUCUGAGCCGCACAGCAAAGUUGACGCCGCAUUUCCAGCAUCCAGAAUGACUGAAGAAUGCAGUGAAGAUCAUUUCAGAGCGAUAAUGACACACAUCUGAACCAUCGGAUUAAACCUGGAGACUGAGUUAAUCAGAUGAAAAACACGCAGCAUGUCACAUUACCGAGGAACAGCAACACCUUCUGACCAAUCAGAACCCUGCACGCUGCACGCUGUGGUGUAAAUACUGCUGAAGCUUCGUUUAAUUAUUUACUCGUCCUGGAUUCUCAGAGAUGGGGAAGUACUUCUUCAGCGAGACGGACAUCAGGAGCACGUGGGAGCAGGUUCUGGCUGCGUUCUGGCAGAGAUACCCGAAUCCGUACAGUACUCAUGUUUUGACAGAGGAUGUGAUCUUUCGCGAGGUGACUCCGGAUAACCGUCUCCUUUCCCGCCGUCUCCUCACAAAGACCAAUCGGCUGCCCCGGUGGGCGGAGCGAAUCUUCCCCGGGAAUCUCUCGCGAUCUGUUUACAUCGUAGAGGAUUCCGUCGUGGACCCCAGCGGCAGACGCCUCACUACGCUGACCUGGAACUUAAACCACUCCACGUUAAUGACAGUGGUGGAGCGAUGUGUGUUUCAUGGUGAGCAGGAGAGACCGGUAUGGACACGUCUCACAAGAGAAGCCUGGAUCUCAUCAGGAGUGUUUGGACUGUCCAGGCCCAUACAGGAGUUUGGGUUGUCCAGGUUCAGGAGUAAUCAGUUGAAGGCUAUGAAGGGUCUGGAACACGCGCUUUCUAAACUACAGAAAUCAGCAGCUCAGGGUCACCACGCUGACGCGUCUAAAGAUUCCCCGAAGAAGACGGAGAACCUGACGGCUUCGACCAGUUCGCAAAAGCCGCAACACUACGCCUGAGAAAUCCAUUUCUCCAUCCAGUCUCCAGCAAACUCAACGGUUUUAAUGUUGUGUGUUAAUAUCCAGGGAAAAAAAAGUUCACCCUCGACUGCAUGUUCAGUGUGGAUCAGAUGUAGGAGAAAGUCAGUAGUGAUGAAGUGAAGGAAGGAAGAAUAUAACCUGAGGAGAAAGUACUGUGAGCUGAGAAUCAUCAUUCAGAUCAGUAGUUAGAUUAGAUCUUUUUUUUUUUUUUUUAAAGUCAGGACACGGUUUAUGAGUAAGUUUAUUGUCUUACCAGGGAUUUCUAAACCAGUGCAGGAAGUUUACUGACUAAUAGAGCUAUUACUGUUCCUGUUUUUAUAGUGAAAGUGUGCUGUGUGUAAACGUCCUCAUUAACGUCCUUGUCCUCGUUUCUCAGCUUCCCUUGCUCAAGCCUGCACUGUGCACUCGGUUCAUACGGUGCAUUAACGUCUCUGUUCCCAAACAGCGUGUGAAAGCGAGAGAGAAAUCGUAAAUCAUUCCGUCAAACUGCACUAUUUGCUGGAUGAAACCUCAGGGACAGACGUGUAACGAUGUGUAUUUCUCACAGCCGCGUGCUCAGGUUUCAUGUCUUUCAUGUGUUUUAUUGAAAAUGAUCUGAAUAUUAUGCGCAGUGUGAGCACGUCUCAUAUCGCUUGUUUUUAUUUUAAUGUUAUAGUUUAUGUUUUAUGUAUGAUGUGCAUAAGGAAACAUUUCAAGGAAGCAUUUCAGUUCAUUCCUUACUUCCUCAGUUACAACUUUAGACUUUGAUUUAGAAGUAAAGAGGUCGCAGAACUGCUCUGUGAAGCAUUUAAGCUUAAAAUAUCAAUGUACAACUUUAAAUAAAUGUAUAUAUGUA